AUGAAUGAAGCUCCAGGAGCUGUUUUAAACACAGUAGAACUACUGGAAGCCAUCCUCUUAGACCUCGACAUCCAUACCUUGCUCGUCUCUGCUCCCCGUGUCUGUCAACGAUGGAAUUUCGUGAUUAAAGAGUCUCUAUCCCUGCAGCAGGCUCUCUUUUUCCAACCCAACGACGUCCCUCUUGGGAAUGAAAAAGACCAUGGCCAAAUCCAACCAAAGAUGCAAAAUCCCUUUCUCAAAGAUGUGUUCCCAGCCUGGUUUCAACACACCAAUGCCUUCAACGAGGACGGCAACAGCCUAGGGAGCAGCAGGACUACCAUUGGAAACAGACAGAUAAUGAAGGGAUACAUGAUGUUCCAAGACACCAAACUUUAUAAAAUGAACAUGUACGCUCCUGAUAAUCCGUUCCUCCGACCAUGCGCAUCCUGGCGUCGAAUGCUUAUCUCCCAACCUCCCUGUCGAACCAUUGUUGCCACGUCCACCAAGUUAGCAGGCAAUUGGUACUAUCCGUAUACGGCACACUCGAAAGACGGAUUGCGAAUGAUGGAUUUGUACGGAAUCACUUUGCAACAUGCUGCACAACACGACACGUCGAGCUUCGUGGUAGUCUGGCCAGAAGGCGGCGACGAUGGCUACGUCCACAUGCUGGGUCAUCUAGCUCGAGCGAGUGCCGGAAUGGACCGAAAACUUGAUAUGAGUGCUAGACUUAUCUGGAAUUGCAAGCCAGAUCUGGUGGUGAAGCUGCUUUGGAAUCGUAGCUGGGGCGGUCAUCACGUUGAUUUCAACAACAAUGCGUUUUGGAUUGGCUGCGGAGUCAAUGAACUGCUUCCUAGCAUCAAAGACAGACAGUCCAGCCUUUAUGCCUCAAAAGAUAUUCAGUUCCAAUCGGCAAUAUUUACUAGCAAGUGA